UUAGCACAUUUGUGUUUUACACGACGACGGGCACUAUAAUAUUCGAUCGCUGACUACAGUCCAACACGUUUAUUCGGUUUUUCGUACGUACUAUUUGAUAUUUAUCCGCGUGCAGUCGUAUAAGAGGUGCGAUUUCGGAGAUUUUCGAAUUAUGCAUGACAGCUUUAGUCGCCAGUAGCCACCCACCCCGGCACGCGCACUCGCGAGUGACAAAAGGUACACGUCUUGCAUCAAGGGCAUCCCUAUAGAGCAGUAUCAUAACGACCGUCGCAGAUUUUUCAAAACUGAUGUUCGUUAAUCGUUGACCGGCCAUAUCGUCCGUCAGGUAGCUGCCGAACGCUGCUCGCCGUAAACACCGUGUGCUUCGCGUGGCGCGCGUUGAAAAGUUCUCGUCUUCACGUCGUAUGAAAACAAUAAUUGUUGUACAGCGCACCACCGACCACCACCACCAGAACAGGCGCCGGUUUAGAGAUUAUUAUUCAUUUCGGCGUAUGAGAUGAAAAAGGACGAAAAAUGAAAGCACAGUACGCAACCGUUAUUGUAUUGUUACGCAGUGUCCUGCAUUUGACGUCAGCGGCGGAACAGACAGAUGGACAAAUCCAUCCUUGCCAGAGAGAAUGUCGCGCGGACGAACCGCCGAAAACGUGCGAGUACCAUUUCAAAGUGGAAUGGUACUACACAAUGAGCAAAGCGUGCUACGACUGCCCGUACAACCUGACCGAUUGUUAUAGACCCGACUGCGUGCCGGCCGACGGCGUUGAAAGGCCCAUUAUCGUAAUAAAUAGAAGUUUGCCGGGACCUUCCAUACAGGUAUGUUUGGGCGAUACGAUCGUGGUGGACGUGGAGAACGCGAUGAUGGAGGAGUCGACGUCCAUCCACUGGCACGGGCAUCACCAGCGCAACUCGCCGUACAUGGACGGUGUGCCGUACGUGACGCAGUGUCCGGUGCCGCCGCACAGCUCGUUCCGUUACGCGUACAAGGCGGACAAUGAGGGCACACACUUCUGGCACUCGCACUCCGGCUGCCAGCGGGGCGACGGCGCAUUCGGCUCGUUCAUCGUGCGGGCGCCGAAGGAGCGCGACGUGCACAGGGACAUGUACGACGUGGACGAGCACGUGCUCACCGUCACCGACUGGCUGCACGAGCUGGGUAUCCGCAAGUUCCUGGCCCACUACCACGGUUCCGGCGACAACAAGCCUGAGACAUUGUUGAUCAACGGCCGGGGCCGGUUCAAAAAGUUCCAGGGCGAUUACCGCACGCCCUUGGCCCGGUUCGACGUGACCAGAGGGAAACGAUAUAGGUUUAGAUUGAUUAACGCUGGAUUCCUGAACUGUCCAAUUUCAAUGAGUAUUGAUAACCAUACGUUUACAGUGAUUGCUACAGACGGAUAUAAUGUUCAACCAGUAGUAGUUGACUCAUUUGUAAGUUAUGCUGGCGAGCGUUGGGACUUUGUAGUAGAAGCAACUGCUAAUAUUGGAAACUAUUGGAUGCGAUUUAAAGGUUUGAUGGACUGUGAUGAACGUUUCACAAAGGCCUUUGAAGUGGCAGUUUUACAUUAUGAUGGAAGUAGUGAUGGGGAACCAGAAGACAUACCAACAUAUGACAAUUCACUUUAUUCUGGAAUCCAAUUAAAUGCAUUGAAUAAAGGGUCAGGACAAAUGGAUACUGCUACUGUAUCAGAAUUAGAAGAUGCAACACCUCCAAAAAAAGACUUAAGAUUAGAGAAUAAACCAGACUUAACAUUAUUUAUGUCGUACGAUUUUUAUUCUUUAGAUAAUCCACAUUUUCAUAAACCUACACUGUAUGGAUUCAAACAAGUGUCACACAAGUCGGCUCGUGUUUAUACACCUCAAAUUAAUAAAAUGACUUUUAAACUACAAUCAUUUCCAUUAUUAUCUCAAAGAGAAAUGAUCAAACCUUCAAUGAGCUGUGAAAACAUAAAGAAAGAUUGCUCAAAAGAAUUUUGUGAAUGUACAAAUAUUAUUAAAGUUCCUUUGGGGUCAAUAGUUGAGCUUUUUCUCAUUGAUAAAGGAGUAACAUACAAUGCAAAUCAUCCAUUCCAUUUACAUGGACAUCCGUUUAGAGUCAUUGCGAUGGAAAGAGUAGGAAACCAUACUACAGUAGAAGAGAUAGAACAAAUGGAUAGAGAAGGACGUAUUGAAAGAAAUUUACGAUCUGCACCUCUAAAAGAUACUGUAACAGUACCAGAUGGUGGAUUUACAAUACUUCGAUUCUUAGCAGAUAAUCCUGGUUAUUGGUUAUUUCAUUGUCAUAUCGAAUUCCAUGUUGAAGUAGGAAUGGCUACUGUAUUUAAAAUUGGUGAAGAUUGGGACAUGCCACCCCCACCUCCAAGUUUUCCUAAGUGUGGAAACUACAAUGGAAAUGAAUUAGUUUCAUUUAUAUAUCCUGAAGAUAUUGAAUUACUGCAUGCAAAUUUAAAUGAAUCAGUUUACAAUAUUUUGGAUACAAAAAAUGACAGUCACAUUAAUAUGAUAUCUACAAUGGGUAAAUUGUGGCCAUUUGUUGGUGGUGCACAUCCAUAUGUAUCAUCACUAGCUAAUAUUAAUUCAUCAUACUUCUCAAUUGUAUUAUGUAUAGUAAUAAGCUUAUUGUUUAUUAAUUAGUGUAUAGCAAUAAACUAAUUAUUUAUGAAAUAAUG